AUGGCUCAACGACCAUCUUAUGGUAGAACAGCGUCCACCAAUCUAGGAGGGACAAACAGCCAAAGAGUGCUGGAUGGCAAAGUUGCGAUUGUGACGGGUAUCGGUGCUGCAACAUGCCGCCUUUUGGCUUCUCGCGGUGCCAAUCUCGUCAUGAACUAUACAUCCGAAAAGUCCACUGCAAAGAUUGAAGAGCUCGCGAAGCAGCUCGAGUCAGACCAUGGCAUACAGACUACAAUCGUUCAAGCCGAUAUGGGCAGUAUCAAGGGCCCAGCUCACGUGGUCGAGACGGCAAAAAACCAUUUCUCGCACCCGAAAUCGGGCAAGUUUCAGCUUGAUAUCAUCAUCAACAACGCUGGAGUGAGCAGCAAUCAUGCCUUGGCUGACUUGACCGCCGAAGAGCAGGCUGAAGACUUUGCUUUCCAGUACAAUGUCAAUGUCAGGGGUCCUCUACUGCUGGUCAAAGCUGCAAUUCCUUACUUGCCCCAUGAUCGGUCUGGCAGGAUUGUGAAUCUGUCUUCCGUGUCAGCUUCUAUUGGCUUGCCAUCACAGUCAAUCUAUGGAGGUACGAAGGCUGCGCUGGAUGCCAUGACGAGGUCUUGGUCUCGUGAGCUUGCUGAACGUGCAACGGUCAACUCCAUCAACCCGGGGCCGGUUGCGACAGACAUGUACGGAGCGGCGGCGGGGAAAAUAGGAGGCACUCUCGGCCACCUGAUCAAUAACACGCCCUUGAUGGCGCUGCGUCCUGAUCUGGACGGUGAGGAUAAUGCUAAGAAAUUUGCAGAGGCUGGCACUCGGCCAGGGUGGGAUCAUGAAAUUGCUGGGAUUAUUGGGAUGAUCGUCAGUCCAGAUUCAGCGUGGGCCACGGGCAGUGUAUUCUGCGCCAACGGAGGCAUGGUCUUCACUGGAGCUCCAUAG